UUUUUUCUGUGCUACAUAAAAAAGAUCAAGAAAGCCAAAAUUCAUAGAGAAAGAUGUCAUACUUGUUGCCGCAUCUUCACUCAGGAUGGGCUGUAGAUCAAGCUAUUCUUGCUGAAGAAGAACGCCUUGUUAUCAUUCGCUUUGGUCAUGAUUGGGAUGAUACUUGCAUGCAGAUGGAUGAGGUGCUGGCUUCGGUUGCAGAGACCAUAAAGAACUUUGCUGUGAUUUACCUGGUUGACAUCACCGAGGUCCCUGAUUUUAACACGAUGUACGAGCUGUACGAUCCAUGCACUGUCAUGUUCUUCUUCAGGAACAAGCACAUCAUGAUUGAUCUUGGCACCGGGAACAAUAACAAGAUCAACUGGGCACUUAAGGAUAAACAGGAGUUCAUCGACAUUGUUGAGACAGUGUAUCGUGGUGCGAGAAAGGGUCGUGGUUUAGUUAUUGCACCAAAAGAUUACUCUACCAAGUACAGAUACUAAGCAUCUAUAUAGGCUGUAUUUGGUUGCUGGAAUAUGAUGUACUUAAUGAUAAAGCUGUAUGAUUUAAGAACUGCUAGAACAAUAUCUAAUUGGACUGUAAAAAUUUGAUCAAGUAUGAUUUAUGAGAAGAUUCUUGAUGAGGCUUGAUUUGAAAUAAAAAGCUGAUUCAUGAUUGCCUA